AUGCAACCCUCCCCCUUAUCCAAUUCAUCCUGCCCCUCCACCAAAUGGCAAGCAGCAGAAUGCAGCCUCGGGCCUAUCGUGCGCAGCUUUCGCGCCACUGUUCAAGACCGCAUCCUCCCCGAAGAAACACUCGACAUCUGGACACAGAUCGAAGACAUAGAGGAAUACGGAUCCCUCACCCUCCUACCCAUCUGGGGCAGCGAGAAAGGUGUCCAUCGCAAUCCAUUCUUUGUGAUUGGGCCGUUUUCCACACUCGCCAUUUACACGUUCCUGUCUAGCCUUUUCAAAGGCCAUGUAAGUGUGGAGUUUGUGGAUGCGAAACUUGUCCCCACGGGUCCGUUUGUCGAUAGAUACGCUAGCUAUGAUGCACUAUACGCUCUUACCACUGGUGAAAUAGCUAGUUGUGAUACCGAGACGGUGGAUAAGUUAUCGUGUAGCAUGGACAAUGUGGCUGCUGCGAUGUCCAAAACGUUCCGUGGUGCGCCGUAUGUCGCGCCAGAUUUCUAUUGGAGCAAUGCAACCAUGGCUGAGGGACGGGCUUUUUCAAAAAAGAUGUAUACGAUGGUGCACUGGCAGUGGAUUGUCUUUCCUUUUUGUUUUUGGGUGAUAGGGAUGGUGACGUAUAUUGGGAUGUGGAAGGGUCGACAGGAUAAGGUGGCUUGGGAUGUUAUUGUCGAGUGA